GCAACCAAAGGCUGCAGCUACAGCCCAGAGCUGGAGAUGGAGUCCCGGCCGGCCCUGCUGCUGUGGGUCUUAACCCUGAGUUCUUCUUACUCCUUACCAUCUUCUUCCCCUCCUUUUCUGGUGCCCCGAGUCAGAACCAGCUACAGUUUUGGAAGGACUUUCCUCGGUCUUGAUAAAUGCAAUGCCUGCAUCGGGACAUCUAUUUGCAAGAAGUUCUUUAAAGAAGAAAUAAGGUUUGACAACUGGCUGGCUCCCCACCUAGGACUGCCUCCUGACUACAUGCCUUUUUACCCUGCUAAUUACUCAGAUGAUUCCAAAACUUGGCGCCCUGUAGAGAUCUUGAGGUUGGUCAGCAAAUACCAAGAUGAGAUUUCAGACAGGAGAAUCUGUGCCUCUGCAUCAGCCCCAAAGACCUGCAGCAUUGAACGUGUCCUGCGGAAAACAGGAAGAUUCCAGAAGUGGCUGCAGGCCAAGCGCCUCACACCAGACCUGGUUCAGGACCUGCCCAGCCCCCUCCUGCGCUGCCCAUCACAGCGACUCCUAGAUCGUGUGGUCCGGCGCUAUGCUGAGGUGGCUGAUGCUGGAAGCAUCUUCAUGGACCACUUCACUGACCGCGACAAGAUGCGUCUGCUGUACACGCUGGCUGUCAACACUCACCCCAUCCUCCUCCAGAUCUUCCCUGGGGCUGAAGGAUGGCCACUGCCCAAGUACCUGGGUGCCUGUGGCAGAUUCCUCAUCAGCACCAGCACCAGACCGCUGCAGGAAUUCUACGGUGCACCCCCAGACCAGGCAGCCGACCUUGCCUACCAGCUUCUUAGUGUCCUGGAGUCUCUAAGGAGCAACGAUUUGAACUAUUUCUUCUACUUCACCCAUGUUGACGCAGGCAUGUUUGGCAUCUUUAACAAUGGGCAUCUGUUCAUCCGGGAUGCCAGCGCACUGGGCGUCAUUGACAAGCAGGAAGGCAGUCAAGCAGCCACCAGGGCAGAAAAGAAAAAAGACAUUUUUAGCUGCCUCGUUUCUGGCUGCCAGGCCCAGCUGCCCUCCUGUGAUACCAUCCCUGAGAAGCAGAGUCUGGUACUGGUGUGUCAGCAGUUGCUACCUCAACUUCUCCUGAAGAGGUUUCCCUACCAGGUGCAAGAGGAGAUUGACUCUGCUCUCACUCAGUGUGGAGAGGCUGCCCGCCCAGACUCAGAAGUCUUUGGGGCCGCCAGCCGGCUAAAGGACAUCCUCAGGCCCAUGAGAACCUGUGACCCCAGAUUUGCCUACCGCUACCCAGACUGCAAAUAUAAUGACAAGUUCUGAGGAGCUAAAGCCUGGCUGGCCUCAGGGGAACAACACACUUGGCCCUCCAUUUCUCUGGCUAAGUUGCUGCAAGUUUGAAAGCAGUAGCUCCAUUUUAAACAUUAGGAGAUAUGCCUAUUCACUUCCCAAGGACUAAUGAUCAGUUGUGCUACCAAAGCAGGGGUUGUGUGAUUUCCACUCCAUCCCAGGCUGGGCCAUCCUCACAGAUCCCAGAGGUGGGCAUCAGAAGACCCCAGUAUGGACCUUCACUCAAUGUCUUUGAGCCUCAGUUUCCUCUAUUCUGCACCAAAUCUUGUGAGGGUGAUAGAAGACAAAGUGAGAAGGCCCUGGGACACAUGAGCCCCACCCCAGUGCAGGUGGUUACAAAUAGUGUUGUUCCAGAAGCAUGCUCAGGAGGCUGAGUAGGAGGAGAGGCUCCUGGCCACUAGCACUUCAGAAAACAGGGCUCCUCCUGCUCCCUACAUGCCAUGGGGUGAGAAGACACAUGCAUACCAAAGAAACAUUCCUGCCACAGCCACUGCUGGGCCAUGCCGUAGUGCCUGGGGCUCUAGAUAUAGUGCACAUGGGGUAUGUCAUGGUGUGGGAAGGAGCCUGGGGUUAAAAGAGCAGUGGCCAAGUGGACUGUCGCAUCAGGCUGCACGGGUGAGCCCUAGUGAAGGAGAGAAGGCCAGGCAGAAGCUUACUAGGCCACUGUCCUCAAAACUGAAGAAAAAUUCAACAGGCUGUCAGAGUGUCCUCAAAGCAAAAGUGGCCAUCAGAGGAGCCCUGUGCCUUCCUCAAAUGGACCCCCUUAGAAUCCCGGCUACAUUUAGUCAUUGGCAGGAAUGGCCUGUGGGAAGCGUGGCCUUGGCCUCAUUGCAAAGAUGGAUUUCAGAGCACAGCAGCUAGGGCCCCUCUCCCUAGAUUAGGAGGCCUGUGAAUGGGAGAAGAUUCUCACUGUAAGCCACAACUGGGCACCAGGCCCAGCUUUCUUCACACACAGGACUCAAAGGAGUCCCAAGAAUUUUCAUUCACACUUGGCCUUACAGUUUCAUUAUAUAAAUAUAUUUUUUAAGGUCAGCCAAUAGAAUAUAUCUUACUCAAUAGUUUGUUAGUUUGCUUUUAUAUCUUUUAAGUAUUUAGCCACAUAGCAUGUGGGUUUCCAUGUGUGCUCUUGCCCCAACCCCUGAAACAUUAGCAAGGCUCUUCUGGACCUUUGCCAGCCUCUCUGCCAGCCCUCCACCCCCAAGGUCCUCUCCAUUUAUCUCCAAGGUCACUUGGUUCUGACCUUACUAUGGGCCUUGCUAUGCCUAUGGGGAACCGAGGUCCAGAGAGGAAGAGUGAUUUGGUGAGAUAGCUACAGAACUCCUGCUACCCAUCCAUGCUCCUCUUACCUUCCCCUUCAGCCUCUGCCUCUCACCCCUUGUCUCUUCACUCAUUAUUUAAAAAUAGAUCCCCAAAAGCCUGAUUUUGUGGUAUACUGGGCUGCCUUUUAAUUGCUGUGGUCACUGCCUGAAAGCAACCAUGGCACUGGGGAUGACAAGCCAACAUUAUGGAAGAGCAGCCUUGGGCUGGCUUGCAAUCAUUGAAAUGGCUGCCUUGUAGCUGGGUAUGGAGGCUGAAGACUGGCCACCCUUUCCCAUCUGUGCAGUCAUGGUCCCUCCUCAAAGCCCAGGAAAGAGGCUACAGUCUCCAGAUCCUCCAGAGCACCACAGAGGAGAAAAGGUUUCCACAGAGACCCUCCGAAGCACAAGACAGGCCCUAGUGUUUUUCCACUGCAAAAAGCUUCCAUGUGAUGAGUGACUUUGAGUGAGGGCCCUAGGGAGUCCAGAAAUGGGUUAGUGUGUGGUCUAAGGUAAACUUCUAACCCCUUCUCUGCAUGUCUGCCCACCUGCAAAGGCAGAAGGAGACUGCUUACUCCCCAGACCUGUUGCCUGAGACUCUGAGGAAUGUUCCUUCAAAACCAUCAUGUAACUCCUAGCCCUGCUGAGUCCAGGCAGGAAAUGUAGCCCCAGGCCCCUCCUGAAUCAGCAGAAAGAGAGCUUGUGCCCUAAGCCACUUGAGUGCUCCCUGGAGGGAGCAGUUAGAAGAUUUAUUUUAAGUAUAAAUUAUAAGACUGUGUACAAGUACAGUUGUGUUCACAUUCACAGUGUAAGUCAAGAACUAAGAAAGGCAAGAUAGAUGUUAGGGCCUACAUAUGCUUAGGAAUGGCCUAGAAAUAGUUCCCCAGCUAGUGGCUUUCCCCAGGUUUAGGAGGUCCCAGAGUCCCUUUCUUCAUACACUUUCAUGGCAGAGCAAAUGUAUUGUUCUUGUCAACAUGCUUAAAGACCACAGGCCCCACUCAGGUGCUGCCUUCAGGGGACAUCAGCCCCCUUCCCCUAGCCAUCUGCUGAUGCUCUCUCACACUCCUUCCCUGCAGUGGGCACAGAACUGAACUACCCAGAUCUCCCUUUAAGGAAUAACUCUUGCCAGCAUGGGAGUAUAGUUAGCAGGGAGCCUCAGCUGUCAGCUCCUUCAGGCUGUGCCUCAGCAGCAAAGAAUAACUUCACAUCUUUCCUAGAGCUUAUCUCUAUCCAGUGACUUGGCAUGGGAGGUGUGAAGGCCCAGUCAUUCUAGCCUACUAAUCAAUAACUCUGAGAGGCAGUUCUCCUUCAAGAAUUCUCCACAAAGCUGGUCAAGACACUGUUGGUUCUACAUCACAAUCUAACUUCCCUCUGCCUAUCCUGCUUCCUCUCUAUUCCUUUCUACAGAUGCUGAACCACAUUAAACAUUUCUCAUCCUGUAGUGGGCUUAAUGGUGGCCCCCAAUGGCUCGGCGCCUGUGGCUCAAGCAGCUAAGGCGCCAGCCACAUACACCUAAGCUGGCAGGUUCGAAUCCAGCCCGGGCCCGCCAAACAACAAUGAUGGCUGCAACCAAAAAAUAGCCGGGCGUUGUGGCGGGCACCUGUAGUCCCAGCUACUUGGGAGGCGGAGGCAGGAGAAUCACUUGAGCCCAAGAGUUGGAGGUUGCUGUGAGCUGUGAAGCCAUGGCACUCUACCCAGGAUGACAGCUUGAGGCUCCAUCUUAAAAAAAAAAAAAAAUGGUGGCCCCCAGAAAGAUAUGUCUAGCUCCCAAUCCCCAGAACCUGUGACUAUUACCUUAAGUGACAAAAGAUGUGAUUAAGUUAAGGAUUAAAAGGAGGAGACUAUCCUGGAUUAUCCAGGUGGACCCUAAAUGCCAUCACAUAGAUCAUUAAAAGAGAGAGGCAGAGGGGGGUUUGAGCAAAAGAAGAGGGGAUGAUGUGAAGACAGAAACAGAGAUUGAGAUGAUGCAGCCACAGCCAAGGAACUUCAGCAGUCAUGAGGAGCUAUAAGAAGCAAGGAAUGGAUUCUCCUGCAGAACCUCCAGAGGGAGUAAGACCCUGCCCACACCUUUAUUUCAGCCCAGUGAGACUGACUUUAGUUUUCUGGCUUCCAGAACUGUAAGAGAAUAAAUUUCUA